AUGAAGCCGUUGUACGUGAUAACGGCCUUAUUACUGCUCUCCGAAGCGACUGUUAUACGUACCAAAAGUACCGUUCACAAAAACGUGACAAUGGAUAAGUACGGAUUCCAACCGACGUGCAUCUCGUGUACUGGUCUUAUUUCUGUAGUCAGGUCGGUUAACUUCCCCGGUACACUCUACAAAUGUGUUCCAUUUUUCAGUUUCCUACUGAAGUUUGAUGUUUCCGAACCGGUCGUUCUCGAAUUGGCCACCAUAAUCUGUAAACUUUUCGCCAAACAGUCAUGGGCGGUUUGUGACGGAAUCUCCUCGCAAUUCAGAGUGAGUCCCUGCCAAUUUAACUAAGUUUUCAACUAAAUUCAUUAUUUCCAGGACGAAUUCUUCUAUGUAUUCCGUCGUCUCGCAAAUGAAAGUCCCUCUCAAAUCUGCGGGAUCCUCUUGCCCGAUUGCGCCGAUCCGACGGAUCCAUCUGAAGCCGGAUGGCAGAUCGCAUUGCCUCCGAAGCCGAACAGAAAGAGAGUGACGAAGAAGAAGUCGAGAGCGGAUUCCUUCCAAAAUCUGAAUGUCCUCCAACUGACUGAUCUUCACGUGGAUUUCGGGUACAACUAUCCUUCGGAAGCAGAUUGCGACGAUCCGGUGUGUUGUCGGAAGAGCGUGGCUGAUCCGAAGAAGGCGGCCGGGUACUGGGGAUCUGUGGGAAAGUGUGACAUUCCAUUCUGGACAGUUGAGAACAUGCUCUCUCACAUCAACAAAACACACACCAUCGAUAUGAUCAUAAUGACUGGAGACUACAUCAACCACGUGGAUUGGGAGUACUCGAUCGAAGAGCACCUCUCCGUGCUGCGGAAGCUCCACCGACUCGUCCAGAGCUCUUUUCCCUCCACUCCGAUCUACUGGGCUCUGGGCAAUCACGAAGGCGUGCCGGUCAACAGUUUCGCCCCGCACACAGUCGACGAGAGAUUCUGGCCGACGUGGUUGUACAAAGAGUUUCAGUCGAUGAGCGGUCCGUGGCUCAGCGAGGGAGCAGAAGAGAGUCUGCUGAGGAGAGGCUCGUAUUCGACGCAAGUGAUGGAUGGUCUCAAGCUCGUUUCCCUCAACACUGGCUUCUGCGAAGUGACAAACUUGUGAGUUCCCCGCUUUUUCCGUGUCCGGCUCAACUCAGAUUUCAGUUUUCUUUACCUCAAUCAGAGCGAUCCGGACUCUUCGAUGUCGUGGUUUGUGAAUGAGCUCUUCGAAUCGGAGAAGAAAGGAGAGCAAGUGUACGUGCUCGCCCACAUUCCUCCGGGCGAUUCCGAGUGUCUCGAGGGAUGGUCUUUCAACUACUAUCGGGUCAUUCAGAGGUAUUCGCUUUGAGAAAUACCAUAGGUUUUUGCAUUUCUUAUUCAGGUUCGCUUCCACCGUUUCUGCCCAAUUUUUCGGCCACGAUCACCUUGACUACUUCACCGUUUUCUUUGAGGAUAUGCAUAACAUUUCGAGCACACCAAUCGGGGUGAGCUCAUGAAAUUCAGUGAAAGUCCCCAACUUAUUUAUUCUCUUCCAGGUCGGCUACGCGGCUCCAUCGGUGACAACUUUCGAGUAUCAGAACCCAGCGUACAGAAUCUACGAAAUCGAUCCUUACAACAAAUUCGUAAGUGUUCCCCUUCACUCGCCCCUCCCUUCUUCCAACGCAUUAUUUCAGAAGAUUGUGGACUUCACCACCUACUAUACCGAUUUGGAGAAGGCAACUGAGGAGCAGGAGCCGGUUUGGGAGAAGUUGUACUCGGCGCGAGAAGCCUAUGGAAUGGCCGACCUAUCGCCGAUUUCAUGGAACAAAGUAAUCAACAAACUGAUAAAGAGCGAAAAGAAACGGGAACAAUUCUACAAGUUCGUUUUUCCCACACUUUAGAUACUUUCAUCAUAAAUUUUUCAGAUAUGCAUUCCGAAACUCAUCUCCACACUGCGACACUACGUGUCAGAAUCAAUUGAUGUGCAAUCUCCGUAUGGGUCACCACAACUCGAGUCUAUAUUGUCCAUUUUAA